UAAUAACAACGAAAUAAGUGAUUGUGCACAAUGGAUGUUCAAUUUCCAUUUCCUUUUGAACCAUACGAAAUUCAAAAGAAAUUUAUGUGUGAAUUGUACUCUACUAUUGAGAUAUACAGUCUGGGUAUCUUUGAGAGCCCUACAGGGACCGGAAAGUCGUUAAGUAUUUGCUGUGGAGCGCUACAGUGGCAGAAAGAUAGUUAUAAAAAAUAUCUGGAAUCUUUACAGAAGGAAAUAGCCGAUCUAAAACAAAAAAUGUCAAGUAUACAGACUACCGACAACUGGCUGGAAGAAAAAUUUGAAGAAAUAACAAUUAAAAGAAAUCUCAUAGCAUUAGAAUUAAAACUUGCAAAUCAUAAAAAGAGGAUAGAUUCAUUUAAUGAAAUGAAACAAAGAGUAAAGAAGAAAGAAAAACAUGAUGUAAAGAAAGCUAUAGAAUAUAAAAAUAAGAAUACAGAUGAUUUGGAAGUAGAUAAUAUGGAAAAUGAGAAAGAUCAAGAAGAUGUAGACUUGAUUUUGGAAGAGUGUGAGAAAGACAGUGAAUCUGAAGAUGAAGUUGAUGAAACUGAAGAAAAUGAAAAUAAGGAUACUAAGAUAUACAUUAGCAGCAGGACUCACAGUCAGCUGUCCCAAUUUAUUGGUGAAAUCAAGAGGACAGUGUUCAAAGAAGACACAAGAGUGGUCACCCUAGCGUCCAGACAACACUAUUGCAUCAAUAGUGAGGUGUCCAGGCUGAAAAAUGUUAAUUUGAUUAAUGAAAGAUGCCUAGACAUGCAGAAAUCUAAAAACAAAUCAACAUCAGUAGACGAAGACGGCAAAGUCCUUAAGAAAACGAAAACGAAGUCCUGUACUUCCUGUCCUUAUUACAACCACAGCAACAUAACGCGCCUGAAAGAGACGAUGCUAGUCGAAAUGAUGGAUAUCGAGGAUUUGGUCAAAUGUGGGAAAACGCUCAAGGCUUGUCCGUAUUACGCUUCGAGGAUGGCUCUUGAAGACGCUGAGGUGGUGUUAGUAAGCCACGCGGGUAUGGUGAGCGCCGGCGCCCGCUCCGGCGUCUCUCUCAAACUGCACAACAACGUACUGAUACUGGACGAAGCGCAUGGCCUCACAGCUGCUCUAGAGAACGCUCAUUCCGCCCCAGUGUCCGCCAAGCAACUAACAGCGGUGAAAACGUUCCUGAAGUUCUACAUCGAUAAGUAUAGAGCCAGACUGAGUAGUAAGAACCUAUUGACGCUAAACCAAAUGAGCUUCGUCGUCGGGAAGCUUGUUUGUAUGAUAAAACCCAAAUCUACAGUUGACAAACAAGAUACAACGAUAAUGACCCUAGAGGACUUCGUAAUAAAGGCUGAAAUCGAUCACAUGAACCUGAGACCGCUGGUAGAAUUCUGUAGAAAAUCUCGCCUGGCUCCUAAACUACACGGGUUUUCUAUGCGGUACAGUCAGCAGGCGUUAGAGGAGGAAAGCAAACGCACAGUCGACAAAAAAAGUUCUUUCAAAGAUUUCUUGAGCAACAUUUCUAAGAAGAAAACUGAUGUCGUUGAAAAAGUGAAAGAAGAUAUAAAACCGGCAAUACAGGCCCCCACAGAAACCUCAGCAGGCAGCGGUCUCUACGCCAUUCUAGACUUUCUGGAUAGACUCUGCGAUCGCAGCGAGAACGGACGGGUACUGGUCCAAAGCGGCGAGAGUGGUCUAUUGAAGUACUUGUUGUUGAAUCCGGCCGAGCAUUUCUCGGAUGUCGUCAAACAGUGUCGUUCUGUGAUCUUAGCUGGAGGAACCAUGGAGCCUAUCAGCGAAUUCAAAGACCUACUGAGGAGCGACGGUAAAGAUGUGAACGUGGUGAAAUGUGGUCACGUUGUACCGCCGGACAAUGUAUUAGGAGUCUGUUUGUCCAAGGGACCGUCUAAUGUCAGUCUUAACUUCUCGUAUGAAAACAGGAUGAGUAAAGAAUUGUUGAAAGAAGUGAGCAGCAUUUUACGGAACGUCUGUAGCGUCAUACCCGGCGGCAUAGUUUGUUUCCUACCUUCAUAUUCCUACGAGAAAACAGUAUAUGAGCACUUAGUUGCGAACAAAGUCAUCGAAACUAUUUGUAAGAAGAAAUCCGUCUUCCGCGAACCGAAAUCUUCUGCUGAAGUUGAUCAGGUUUUGAAUAAGUUUGCUGCAGCUGUAAAAAGUAAAGAAGGAAAUCGUAAUGGCGCGCUGAUGUUAAGCGUUGUAGGUGGAAAACUAAGCGAGGGGCUCAAUUUCAGUGAUGACCUAGGCCGCUGCAUCAUAGUAAUCGGCAUGCCAUACCCAAACGUAAAAUCCCCUGAACUCCAAGAAAAAAUGAACUACCUUAACCGAACUAAUGGCUCAGGUAGUGCGUACUACGAGAACCUGUGUAUGAAGGCAGUCAACCAAUGCAUAGGUCGUGCAGUGCGCCAUGCUAGGGACUACGCCUGCGUGCUGCUGGUCGAUGAUAGGUAUUCGAGGCCGCAUACUAUGGCGGCUUUGCCGUCUUUUGUACAAAAAUCCCUGAUGUCUAACUGCAGUUUUGGUCCAACUGUUGGUAGCAUGGCGAAAUUUUUCGCUAAGCACAAAAACUCAUCUUGAAUAUUAUUUAUUUAUUUAAAAUAUGCAAUAAAUAAUGAUUAUAAA